AUGAAGAUUCACGCUUUCAUUUGCCUGGCGAUGGCCGCCCUUGGCCUCUCCCAGGGAGUGACGGAGCAGAUCGCUCCCGAUGGCCAGGCCCCCGACGGUUGCCAGGCCGAUUUCAACGGCAACUUCCAGAUCACCGUCGACAAGUUGACUUUCAAGGCCAAUACGGUUAGGGCCACCGAGGACGUCGAUGCUGGCUGCGCCAGCACCAGUAACCUAGUUGUGAGCUUGAACAACGGGGUUCUGACCGACGGCCUCAACCGCACUGGUUACAUCGCUUCAAACUACCAAUUUCAGUUCGAUGCCCCCCCUCAAGCUGGCGCUCUCUACACCGCCGGCUACUCCGUCUGCGCCAACAACUCGCUGGCUCUUGGCAGCUCGGCCGUCUUUUGGGAAUGUGCUUCGGGAACUUUCUACAAUCUCUACGACCGCAAGGCCGCCGAUCAGUGCUCGCCCGUGGAAAUCAUCGUGAUUCCGUGCGGCGACGAUGCGGACAGCCAGGGUGGCCGGGGCAACGCCGAGGGCACUCCGUCGGACGGCGUUGGCCAGACUGUCGGCUCGGAGAUCAUCACCACUACGGUCGUCAUCCCGUUGAGCGACGGUCAGCCUCAAGUGAUUACGACUACGAGCGUCGUUUACAUCUGCCAAAUCGGAGACGGCCAAGUUCAGGGCCACUCUACGCCUUGCGAUGCUGCCAUCCCGACCAUCACCCAGGCGCCCGUUUCUCAGAUCUCAGACGGCCAGAUCCAAGUCACGCAGAUCUCCGACGGACAAGUGCAAGUGUCGCAAAUCAGCGACGGUCAGGUCCAGGUUUCUCAGAUCUCCGAUGGCCAGGUCCAAGUCUCGCAGAUUUCCGAUGGCCAAGUGCAGGUCACCGGUCUUCCAACUGCCUCGUUCCCCGGAGAGCAGGUGACCACUGGUCCUGCCGUGCUGCCCACCAACGCGCCUCCCAGCAAUGGCGCUGUUGCUGGCCCCGGUGGCGGUCCCGAUGGAUUCACUGCUGCCCUCGUGGCGUUUGUUCUGGGCGGUGCUGCGGCCCUGGCUGCGGUGUAA